GAAAGUAACGUCUCGAGCUCCGGUGGCAAUUUUAUAUAUGCGCCGUUUCCAUGGUUACGCCGUGACACAGCACCGUUUUCAAGCUGCGGUUGCCGCUUAACGGUGCACUUCCAGAGAUGAAGCCAGUCACAAUGACCAAUUUAUUGUGAUACAGCUUCAUACGCAGUUUAUGUUCAUAAGAUAUCUGCCAACAUGAUGAUAACGUACCACGUUAACUCUGUACCAACGACCGAGGCUUUAACAGCAGCAGUGAGCUCGAACAGCAGCGGCAGGAAGCAGCGCGGCCUAGAUGCUGCUGGAUUCUCCACAUACAGGCACUUCAUGAUGGGAGCGGGAGGAAGAGGACAAGCGGCUUUCACUCAAAAUAACCAUUUGAGGAAGAAAUGUCCUGCCAUACCGCCAUUAAACGAUUGCAGGGACGGGAAAUCAGUGAUUAGCAGCUAUUUAAUAGAAAGGUCGCCUAACUUGGGUAAAGAUGACAAGCUGGAAUCAGAGAAUAAUGAUCCAGAGGACACAUGUGGGAGGCACUUUCUCUUUGAUAAAAAAUGUGCACCGUUAAAGGGGACCAGAGCUACUGUGAUUCCUCCACUGCCAAGAGACUACCGUGUCCACAGACCUGGCAACCACUAUCCCUUCAGCCUCUCCAAGGAGCUUUCCCACAGGCACGCAGAGCAGCCGUUCACCCUGGGCUACCCUGAAAGAUAUGAACUGAACCCAGAUCCAGCUGUCCUCGUUCCCUCCACUUUUUUCCUCAACGGCAGAUGCAACCUCUCAGUUGAAAAGUACAAGCUCAGCAGGCCUAAGGUGAAUUAUCCAACUUGCAACCUAUUGACUGUUCAAGACAAUCAAAAGAGCCAGUCUUACCCAGACCCAGUGGUCGGAGCAUCUCGCUCUUUUAUCCACAGGAUAUCUGAGCUGUCCUCUUUGGAGGCCGACACCGUGAGACAAGAAAAGCUGAGGAAAAGGAGGCAACCUCGAAAACCCCCAUCCUGACAAUCACCCUCUUCCCAGUCACACUGGUCAAGGAUUAAAACUAUCGAAUCUGUGCCAACGGCAUCUGAACAAAAGACAUUUAAGGUACCUUGUUCGUUUCAGUGGCUCCUUUUUACUGCCUGUUUAUCCUCAGUGGUAAUAGUUUUUUGCUUAACAUGGCUGGUCUUCACAUUUUGGGAUUCCUGACUGGAGCUUCUCUCUUUUAGUGGCCACAGAUCGUGUUACUUAUUUAUUAACUGCAUUAAGACUCUCUCUGGAGCUUACCUUUCCCUAUCUGCACAUUUAUUUUACUUUUUUAAUGGCUUGUAAUGGCUGGUAUGUAAUACUGCCAUAUGCCUUGCUGUAUCAUCAGUAUUCUGCAGAUGCUGUCUUGGUUGGAUCUCAUUACGACAAUAUUUCAGAUUGCUGUUGUAUACCCAUACGCUUUGUUAAGCAAGAGGGACAUCUAUGUACAUAGUAAAUGGUUUAGCAAAGCUAUUAUUGUGCCUUGUAAAACGUCUUCCUACAAUUAAACAAAUUUAUUUUUCAUA